GGCAAUUUGUAGGAUUUCAAGGUUGGAGCUGACAGCUCUGUCAAGCUCCAGCUUUAUGUCGAACUCUGUGCUUUCCUGAGGUGCUGGGCUUGUCCGCGACGUUAGUUUCCACGCUGCUACAUCCAAGGUGCAUCCUUUGUUCGUUUGGAAGAAGCUUUUUUCGGCACCAUAGAGGCUGAACCUUGGAGGGAGGAAUUUUUGCUAUAUCCUUUGAUACCGUUAAUUUAACGGAGAGGAGAAGCUGGGCUUGAUCUUGGAAAUAGACCUGCAGCCAAGAAUUCCAGCACUCUCGACUCGUCCGCCUCUUGCCCUGGGCAAAUCACCUAACAAAAGUGUAAGGACCUGACUGCGCGUGGAAGUGGCCCUGCCCUGGAGACUAUUGGGUACUGAUGGAUGUUUCCAACAGCCCUGAGCGAAACCCUUGCUCUCCUGAUGAGGAGGACCAGCAGCUUUCCGAUGACGAAAUCCUGAAGGAGAGUGGUUCGGAUCGGGACCUUGAUGGAGAGGGUGGGCAAGGCAGCGUUUUGGAAGAGGAGGAAGAGGAUGCAGCCAGGGGAUUGAGUCAGGGUGAAGAGGAGAACCACUCAGAUGAAGAGGACCGCUUAAGCGAAACCAAGUCUCAGGACUCUGACAACAAUGAGCAGAGUGGGGAGCUGAAGAGCCCUCCGCCUCACAAAGGAGAGGAGGAAGACCGGACAAAUGACCUUGGUGAUGAAGCGUCCUCUGUCACUCGGGAACUAGAUGAGCAUGAAUUGGACUAUGAUGAGGAAGUUCCUGAGGAGCCAAGUGCUGCUGCUGCAGAGGAGGAUGCUGAGAAAGCUGGAGGUGAGGAUGAUGAAGAGGAGGAGAAAGGAGAUGAUGCCCACGAAGACGAGAAAAAAUCUAGCAGUAAAAGUGACGAUGAGAAAGAUGGCCAGGAUCCCCUCAAGGAGAAGAAGAAAGAAGAAGAUGAUGGAGAAAUUGAUGAUGGUGAAAUUGAUGAUGAUGACUUAGAAGAAGGAGAAGUUAAAGAUCCCAGUGAUAGAAAAGUGAGGCCACGUCCCACCUGCCGGUUCUUUAUGAAAGGUCACUGUACUUGGGGAAUGAACUGUCGAUUUAUUCACCCUGGUGUGAAUGACAAAGGAAACUACUCUUUGAUCUCCAAGCCUGAGCCCUUCUCCCCAAAUGGCGCACCUCCUAUUGGCCCUCAUCCGCUGAUGCCAGCCAACCCUUGGGGAGGGCCAGUAGUGGAUGAAAUCUUACCUCCACCCCCUCCAGACCCUCCAACAGAAAGUGCCUGGGAGAGAGGACUCCGACACGCUAAAGAGGUCUUAAAAAAGGCAACUAUGAGAAAAGAACAAGAGCCUGACUUUGAGGAGAAGCGUUUCACUGUGACUAUUGGAGAAGAUGAGCGUGAAUUUGACAAAGAAAAUGAGUUUUUCCGUGACUGGAAUUACCGCAUCACCAGAGAUGUCAGAGAUCCAGCGCUUGAUCCUUAUACAGAUCCCUAUUAUGACUAUGAAAUAGAACGGUUCUGGCGUGGUGGGCAGUAUGAGAAUUUCAGGGUUCAGUAUACAGACCCAGAUCCGUAUCGUAACUACAGAGAAAGAGAGCGAGAACGGGAAAGGAGAGAGAGAGAACGAGAAAGGGAACGGGAACGUGACAAGGAGCGGCAGCGGAGGAAAGAAGAGUGGGAACGCGAGAGAGAACGAGUGAAGAGAGAUGAAAAAGACAGGCUGCACAGGGACCGGGACAGAGAUCGAGACCGCGACAGAGAAAGGGAACGUGAAAAGGAGAAAGAAAAACCAAAGCCCCGGUCACCCCUGCUACCAAGUCGUCAGCCUGAGCCACCAAAGAAGGAGAAGGAGGCAUCUACAAUUACCACCGCUCAGUCAAAGAGAGCAGAUGAAUGGAAGGAUCCCUGGCGCCGAUCCAAGUCCCCCAAAAAGAAACUUGGUGUGUCUGUCUCUCCCAGCCGUGCACGUAGGCGCCGAAAAACCUCUGCUUCUUCAGCAUCUGCUUCUGGCUCUUCGAGGUCCUCUUCUCGUUCAUCCACUUACUCUGGUUCAGGUUCCUCGCGAUCUCGUUCCAGAUCUUCUUCUUACAGCUCUUACUCUAGUCGCUCUUCAAGACACAGUUCUUUCUCAGGCAGCAGAUCCAGAUCACGGUCCUUCUCAUCUUCACCGUCUCCUUCCCCAACGCCUUCUCCACACAAGCCACUUGUGAAAGCUAAAGGGGAGUUAUUACCACCUGCUGGAAAAGGUGAAAAGUCUGUGAAGAAACUAGCUGCCCUUCCAGUCCCUCAGCCACUCACUAAAAUUACAGCAGCUGCGCCGGAGCCAGCCAAACCAGGGGAUAAUAGAGAGGCAAGAAGGAAGGAACGUCAGACCAGGACUCCACCCAGGAGACGGACUAUCAGUGGCAGCAUCAGUGGCAGUGCCAGCAGCUAUAGUGGUUCCAGUUCCCGAUCUAGGUCCUUGUCUCGCUCUCUCUCCAGAUCUCAUUCCAGAUCGACGUCUGCCUCGGUCUCCCACUCCCCGUCUGGGUCCAGGAAAUCCAGGUCCCUGAGCGUGAGCAGCGUUUCUUCUGUCUCUAGUGCCUCCUCCAGCAGCAGUUCUGUACGCAGUGCCGACUCUGAAGACAUGUACGCAGAUUUGGCCAGUCCCGUUUCCUCAGCCAGUUCCCGAUCCCCAACCCCAGCACAGCAGAAGAAAGGUAGAGGAAAGUCGAAAAAAGAAGAUAGCACUAAGGAGGAAAAGCGGAAACGGGAUGUGUCUGCUCAGCUCCUGAAAUCAGCCAAGCCCACCCAGGGGAGCAAAUCACAGCAGCUACUCCAGACCCAGCAGCCCUCAGCCCCCCAGUCUCAGCAAGGGGGCUUCAGUGCUCACAAAGAGAUCAAACUGACGCUCUUGAAUAAGGCAGCUGACAAAGGAAGCAGGAAGAGAUAUGAGCCAGCAGACAAAGACAGGCCAACCUCUCCUCCAGCCAAGCGGGUUAACCUGUCACCUGACAGAGGCUCUCGCGACAGAAAAGCGACGGGGAGACUCUCUUCACCCAAGCAAGAACGACAGAGGGGCCAGAACCCGAAACCAUCUCCUGCUCAGACAGACAGGAAACGCCAGCUGUCACCCCAGUCCAAGAGCUCCAGCAAAGUCACGAGUGUACCAGGCAAAGUGUCCGAGCCAGGCCCCACGGGCGCCAAGGCGGGCAAGUCUAGCACGCUGUCGCGACGGGAGGAGCUCCUGAAGCAGCUCAAAGCAGUGGAAGAUGCCAUUGCUCGCAAACGGGCCAAAAUUCCUGGGAAAGUAUAGUGGGCUGUGCGCGGAGCGCCGCUCUGCCCCAUUAGUGACUGUUCAUGUUUUUAUAAAUAGUGUAAAAGCGGCCACUUUGGGAUUUUGCAGUUCUGUCUUAUUUUGGCUGCGAUUCUUUUUAAAAAAAAAAAAAAAAAAUUAAAGUUUGUCAGCUGAGAACACACAUCUGCAACGACUCGCUCUGGCUCCCCCCGCCACAGGGCCAGCGGGUCUAGUCCCUUCGCUCUGCCAGCCGUGCACGGCAGCCCGCGCUGGCACCAGGACGGAGGCCACCACCGUGUUUUCCAUGUAAAUUAUGCACAGAGGACUCCAGCCCUGUCGGAUACUCUCACUACUUUCUCUCUUUCUCUCUGCCCUCUCCUCUUUGCUAGCCUUGAGUUGUAUUCUUCUAGUUAGCCCUGCUGUGUGUUGAGUGUCUUCAGCAAUGCAGUUCUAUAUACUGUGUAAUGAGAGAACCGAAAACUGCUGUGAACUACUGGCAACAUUACCUUCUCUCCCUGCCCUCCCACCCCAGGAACAAAACAAAUAUAUAUAUAUUCUUGACUAAAGUCUGAUUGGGAAAAUGACCUGUCUUUUAUUUUAAGCAUCAGAUUGUUUUAGUUGAUUUAAAAGGAACCCUGAAGGUAUUGUUGGGAUGUCUGUCUAACAAGGAGGCUCCUUUUUCUUUUUUUUCUUUUUUUUUUUUUC